CAUUUUACGUGCAGCAGCGCAGGGUUUUAGGCGAAAAAGCACUCCACUCUUCUCCUCCUCCUCCUCCUCCUUUCUUCUCUUGUGCAAGUAUACCAAAAUUAUUGUCAAUUCUCCGCCUUUUCCUAUUUCAAGCAAUCAAAGUGUCAAAUUCUUGCUUAUUGCAGCGGCUUCUUUGUCAUUUUUUUAUUUUUUUUUUUGUAAAUUUGCAGCACCUGGCGGCGGAAGGCAGUGGAUUCACGAGGGCGGAAAAAAAUAAUCAAUAGCUUGUUCUUACACAAUUUUGAGCUGGAAAUUGCAGAGCAAUGGCGUCGGAUACAUUAACUUACACGGACUCGAUGAACUUGAAGGUGAGGGAGCUGUUGAAGGAGGUCCAGCUCGAAUACUCCCCUGAAACUACUGCAACUGUGGACAAGGUCGUCUCCGCCAUAAAAGAAGCAAUUGAUAAAAUCCCUGAAGACCAGGUUACGGCUGACUUGGCACCAGGGUUUGUUAGAGACAUCAAAGCUGAUAAGGUGGAAUUCACGUUUAAGAAGCCAAAAUCUCUAGAAAUUAGCGGGAGUUAUUCCAUACAAUGCGUUACCAAACCAGAUUUAAAUGUGGAUCUUUUUCUUCACUUGCCAAAGGAGUGUUUUUACGAAAAAGAUUACCUAAAUUAUCGAUACCAUGCCAAAAGAUUCCUUUAUCUCUGCAAAAUCAAGGAGCAGCUGAAAGAAUCUCCGUUAAUCAGAGCUGUGCGAUGGUCUAGUUUCCAAAAUGAGGCUCGGAAACCUAUAUUACUUAUCUAUCCAGCAGUUAAGCUUAUUGGAAAUGCUGAAUUUGUUGUGAGAAUAAUUCCUACCGCGACAUCUUUGUUAAGUGCAACAAAACUUCGCUUGGAGCGAAACAAUAUCCGUACUGUCAAACAAGGAGAUGCUUUACAAGCAACUCCAAGGUACAAUAAUAGUAUAUUGGAGGACUUGUUUCUUGAGGAUAAUGCAGAAUUUGUCAAAAGAACUUUCUCUGGGUGGAAAGAAUUGGGGGAAGCCUUGAUACUGCUAAAAGUGUGGGCUCGGCAGAGGAGUUCAAUCUAUGCCCAUGAUUGCUUAAAUGGGUUUCUAAUUUCUGUCUUAUUGGCCUUCCUUGCAACAAGGCCUGGAAGGCAUCAUAUAAACAGUUCCAUGAAUACAAUGCAGAUAUUUCGCAUCACAGUGGACUUCAUCGCCACCUCUAAGACAUGGGAUAAGGGGCUUUUUAUUCAGCCCCAGCCUGAAAAAGCUUCAAACAAGGUUUAUUACUUUGCUAUAUUUGGUGAUUACAAGUUACUUGAAGAAGAUACACUUACCAAAAAGAAGUGUGGGAGAGGCUAUAAAAAGAUGCAUCUAUGUUUCAUGAUUAACUCCAUUCAAAAGAGUUUCAAGGAUUUAAUUAAGAUAUUAGUUCAUUCCUCCAUUUUCAUGUAUUUUAGGUGUCAGCAUCUAAAAGCCUUGUUAGAAAUGCCAUUGUUCGGUCUUGGAGAACUCCCAUCUCACUACCUAAUUGUAGCGGAUAUGCAGUUGUUUCCUGUGGUCAUUUGCAAUUCAUUUGAGGACUUCAAUUUGGCAUUCCGUCUGUCGCACAAUGGUUUCAAAGAGCUGCGCAAUGAGGCUGCAUUGGCAGUUAAUAGCAUCAAUAAAUGUGAAGAUGGUGGCUUUGAUGAGCUUUUUAUCACAAAGAUUGACUUUCCCGCUAGAUAUGACUACUGCAUGAGGUUGAACUUGAGGGGAAACUGUGAAGUUUCUAGCUUAGGAUUCUGCUUAGAUGAUGAACUUUGGAGAUCUCAGGAGCAGAAGAUACUCUCCCUCAUGGACCAAGGGUUGAGCGACAGAUCUAAGUCCAUUCGUGUUAUUUGGAGAAACACUGCAUCUGAAUGCAACUUUGAAGAGGGACUGUCGGAGCUAGACAAUGAGCCGUUGCUUAUUGGGAUUUCUGUCAAAUCAGCAGAAUCAGCCUUUAAAAUGACUGUCAUAGGUCCUAGCCCUGAGGAAAGAGAUAAGGCUUUAGAAUUUCGGAAGUUUUGGGGAGAAAAGGCGACUCUUCGACAGUUUCGCGAUAGUAGAAUAGCUGAAGUUGCAGUAUGGGAACACGAGGAAUGGGAAAGGCAUCUCAUCAUAAAAGAUAUUGCCGAGCAUGUUUUGUCUAGGCAUCUUUCCAUCACCAAAGAAAAAAUCGUUCCUGUUGUGGAUCAACUUGAUUUUUGUCUCCUCCACAGGGAUGUAGAUCCUAUAUCAUUCUCAAAAAGUUUGCUGGUGGCACUUGAAGAGCUGUCAAAGCGUUUGCUUCAACUUAAUGACAUUCCACUAAAGGUGUCGACUGUGCAACCUCUGGACUCAGCUUUCAGGAUGACAUCUGUCUUCCCGCCCAUCCCUCAUCCUUUGGCACAGGAGAAGGGUGUUGACAUAAAACUAAGGAAGCCUGUUUCAACCUGUNUGGCGUUUCUUCUCAGAAUUGCUGAGAGUCUGCAGAACAAUUGGGGGAUGAUGUUUACUGCUACAGAAGAUGAUGUAGAUGUUCUGAUGUCUGGCUAUGCAUUCCGCCUUAAAAUUUCUCAUGAAAGGGCUCUAAGUUUGGUGACUGGGCAAAGUAAUAAUUGUCGACAUCAAUGGAGCCUCUCUGCUGACAGAAAACUUCUUCUACGACACCAACAUGCAAGCAAGAUUAAUGCUUUAAGGGGUCGUUAUCCCGUAUAUGGACCAAUUGUUCGGCUGGCUAAAAGAUGGGUUUCUGCACACCUAUUUUCCACGGUGCUGACAGAGGAGGCAGUUGAACUAUUGGUUUCAUAUCUUUUCUUGAGACCUUUGCCAUUUGAACCUACUUUCUCCCGAAUAACAGGAUUUUUGAGGUUCUUACGAUUAUUGUCAAAAUAUGAUUGGGCCUUUUCACCCUUAAUCGUUGAUUUCGAUGGCGACUUUUCGACUGAGGAGAAACAUAAGAUUAUUGAGAAUUUCAUGAGGAGUAGAGAAGAGCAUGAAAAGGAUACUCAAAAUUUAAGUCCUGCAAUGUUCUUAGUUACUAAAUAUGACAUCACAUCUGAAGCAUGGACAAGAUCUUCACCAACUACAGCAGAGCUAAGAAGAUUGGUGACUUAUUCAACUAGCAGUGUGAAUUUGUUGACCAAACUGAUUUUGCAAGAUGGAUAUGAUUCUUAUGGAUGGAAAUGUCUUCUCCGCACGCCUCUGAACAACUACGAUGCUGUUGUUCUUCUCCACAGGGAUAAAUUGCCCUACCCCCAGCAUCUUCUCUUUCCAUCCGAGCUCAAACAAGAGCGGUGUGUGGUGCGGGGGCAUGCAACCAAGAUUUUCCAUCCUUUCUUUUUGCCUGGAGACUUCAAAGUGAACUAUGGGGAACUGAAAAGUAAGCUGAUGGUGAAUUUUGAUCCAGUAAGGUGCUUUGUUACCGAUAUCCAGAGAGGAUUUCCCGAUGGGGUGAAGGUGUGGCACGAUGCUUUGGGUGGUGAUGCUCUUGGUCUUACAUUAGCAAAAGCAAGUUCAAAGAAACGAAAGCAUGAUGACUCGACAGAGGAGAGCAAGGAUCUUCUGAUUACGCUAAAAACCAUAGGCGAGGUCGGCAAAGGCCUUGUGAGAAGUAUCCAUGUUGUCAAGACCCGAAAAAGUAAUAAUUAAAAUGUUUAAAAAGAAUUUUGCCAGCGUUGGUUUAACAACUACAUGUACACUAUGCGUAUGUUAUAAAGGUUACUGUUGGCUGGUUGGAAGCUCUUCAAAUUUUGCAGCACAACUUUUGUAUAUGUGGAGUUCUCUAGUCGAGGACCAACAAUCACCUGUAAUUGUAAUGAGAAAAUCAUUUUAUUAUUUGAGGAAAAGAAAGAGGAAAGAAGAAAACAAAAAACAAAAGGAAAAAAAUGUUAGUGCGAGGCAUUAUCUUC